AAUAAUUAAGUGUCAAAGAAUUAAGUGUCAAAGAAUUAUUGUUUUGUUUUUGUUUAUACAGACAGUGAAAACUGCCUCAGAUGCCCAGACAUGAGGUGGCCUAAUGAGUACAGGAAUCAGUGUAUUGCAAAAACGGAAGAGUUUCUAUCGCUCUCUAAAGAUGUGAUUUCUGUAUUUUUGUCAUUUAUACCAGUACUGUUUAUUCUUAUAACUAUCCUCAUAUUGGUGAUUUUUAUUAUAUAUCAGGACACCCCCAUUGUAAGAGCCAACAACAGGAGCCUCAGCUUCCUCCUCCUUGUCUCCAUCAAGCUGAGCUUCCUCAGUGUGUUUCUGUUCCUCGGUCGCCCUGUGGAUAUAACCUGCAUGCUGCGUAACAUCACUUUUGGAAUCACCUUCUCCAUAGCUGUCUCUUCUCUCCUGGCCAAGACUAUCAUGGUUUGUGUUGCUUUCAAAGCCACCAAGCCAGGGAGCUCAUGGAGAAAAUGGGUGGGAGUCAAACUGUCCAAUUCUGUAGUCUUGUUCUGCUCAUCCAUUCAAAUAAUAAUCUGCAUGACUUGGUUGGUCAUUUCUCCUCCCUUUCAGGAACUGGACCUUCACACUUACCCUGGAACCAUCAUCAAUCAGUGCAAUGAGGGCUCAGCUAUUGGCUUUUACUCAGUUAUUGGGUAUAUGGGGCUUCUGGCAGCUGUUAGUUUUGUUUUAGCAUUUUUAGCUCGGACAUUACCGGACAGUUUUAAUGAGGCCAAGUACAUCACUUUCAGCAUGUUGCUCUUCUGCAGUGUUUGGAUCACAAUGAUCCCGGCCUAUCUGAGCACCAAAGGCAAAAACACUGUGUGUGUGGAGAUAUUUGCCAUACUGACCUCAAGUGCUGGACUUUUAGCCUGUAUAUUUCUGCCCAAAUGUUUCAUUAUUUUAUUUAGACCUGAAAUGAACCACAGAUCUUGUUUACUUGGAAACAAAACAUGA